ACCACAUAAUCGUCAGUUGGUCAGUGGUUCUCUUCAAGUGAACAUAUAACAAACGAAACUCUCUGUUAGAGGAAAAAAAAACUACCGUUCAGUUUUGGUGCAAGUAAAUUCGAUUAAAUUCAAGAAUGGAUGAAAUUGUGGAAAAAAUCCGUACUCGUAUUGCAAGUGUCGAUCCCAAUGGUCCACGCAAAGUGACUGGUGUGUUUCAAUUGAACAUCAGAAGUGAUGACGGGUCAUCGAGAGCUAUCACGCUUGAUUUGAAUAAGCUCGAAGUUCUUGAUGGAAAUGUCAGCGAUGCACCCGAUGUGUCAGUGGAUGUUGAUGGUGCGGCACUCGUUCAAGUUGCAACCAAUGAAAUCUCGUUCGAAGACGCUGUCGCAACUGGAAAAGCCACGAUUACUGGCGAUGCCGAAUUGGCGAAACUUUUGGGUGAUGUCGUCAGCAGCAAACCAUUGGAAUAAAGACGUCAAAUGCAUUCAUACAUUAAAUCGCAUCAGAUGCACUCUGUCAAAACAACGUACCAUUCGAGACCAUCUCUAGUCAAUCUAAUUUUUAAAUAAUAAAAAAAAUUGUGUGUCUCGUGUCAUUUGAUGCUAUAAAAUAGCUUAGACAUAUUUGCAGUGUCAUUACAAUCAGCUGAAUGUAAAAGAGAAAAAAUGUAAUAAAAACGCUUCUUCGAAGCACAAAAAAAUAUAUA